UCCACCGGCAGCUCCAUCACCAGUACCCCAAUGGCGGCGCACAGCAGCGCUGGCCCAGGAGCGCUUCCGCCGUACGGCACUGAGCAGCCAAUAGGAGCGCUGUAGAGUGUCGCGCGGCCCUGACGUCAGGGAGCACCGGAAGGAAGGGGCACGGCUCCGGGCGGCGGGAGGAUUUGGCGGCAGCGGCGGAGCGCGGCGGGAGAAGCGGCACCAUGAGCGUGCAGCUGAGCGAGGGCGCCAUCGCGGCCAUAAUGCAGGGGGAGGACGUCUCCAAGCCCGUGCUGCAAGUCAUUAAUACCCGGGCUAUUGCCACGGGAAAUGGGCCACCGCGUUACCGAAUGUUGAUGAGUGACGGGGUUAACACCCUUUCCUCAUUCAUGUUGGCGACACAGCUGAACUCUCUUGUGGAAGAGGAACGCUUAGCAGCCCACUGUAUUUGUCAAGUGAACAAGUUCUAUGUUAACAGCCUGAAAGAUGGAAGGAGAGUGGUUAUACUGAUGGAUUUAAAUGUUCUGAAAACUGCUGAUAAGGUUGGUGGGAAUAUUGGCAAUCCAGUGCCGUACAAUGAAGGGCAAGGGCAGCAACGUUCUUCAGCUCCAGCAGCAAACCCAGCACCCGGCAAACCACAACAACAAAAUGGCAAUGUGUCAGUAGCAGGUCCUGCUGCUCCGAAGUACCACGCUCCCUCAAACCAGUUUGGUAAAGCCAGCGCUCCCAAUUUGUUGAAGACACCAGGGGGAUCGCAGGUCAAAGUGGUGCCAAUCGCCAGCUUGAACCCCUACCAGUCCAAGUGGACCAUUUGUGCUCGUGUUACCCAAAAAGGCCAGAUCCGCACGUGGAGCAACUCCCGUGGUGAAGGAAAGCUCUUUUCUAUAGAGCUAGUCGAUGAAAGCGGUGAGAUUAGAGCUACCGCAUUCAAUGAUCAAGCAGACAAGUUCUUUCCUCUCAUCGAAUUGAACAAGGUAUAUUAUUUUUCCAAAGGCACUUUGAAGAGCGCUAACAAGCAAUAUACAGCUAUUAAGAAUGACUAUGAGAUUACAUUCACUAGUGAGACUUCAGUUGUGCCCUGUGAUGAUGCUCAGCAUCUUCCAUCUGUUCAGUUUGACUUCGUGUCCAUCUCUGACUUGGAGAACACACCCAAAGACUCAAUUGUUGAUGUAAUUGGAAUUUGCAAGAGCUAUGAAGAUGUCACUAAAAUUAUAGUGAAAGCGAACAAUAGGGAGGUAUCAAAGAGGAACGUACAUCUGAUGGAUACAUCAGGGAAACUGGUGACAGCUACGCUGUGGGGAAAUGAGGCUGAACAGUUUGAUGGUUCUAGACAACCUGUGAUAGCCAUCAAAGGAGCCCGAGUCUCUGACUUCGGCGGUAGGAGCCUGUCUGUCCUGUCCUCGAGUACAGUUAUCAUCAACCCUGAUAGCCCAGAGGCUUUUAAGCUCCGAGGAUGGUUUGACUCGGAGGGGCAGCUUCUGGAAUGUACCUCCAUCUCUGAUGUGAGGGGUGGGCUGGCGGCUGGGGCCAACACCAAUUGGAAAACUUUGUUUGAAGCCAAAGCUGAGAACUUGGGCCAAGGAGAUAAGGCGGAUUAUUUUAGCUGUGUGGGCACAGUCGUACAUCUGCGCAAAGAGAACUGUAUGUACCAGGCAUGUCCCUCUCAGGAUUGCAAUAAGAAAGUGAUAGACCAACAAAAUGGACUGUACCGUUGUGAAAAGUGCGAUCGUGAAUUCCCCAACUUCAAGUACCGCAUGAUGCUUCUCGUGACCAUUGCAGACUGUCUAGAGUAUCAGUGGGUGACUUGUUUUCAAGACACAGCAGAAUUCAUUCUUGGGCAAAAGGCGGCUUUCCUGGGAGAACUGAAGGAAAAGAAUGAGCAGGCGUUUGAAGAAGUGUUCCAAAACGCAAACUUCAACACGUACGAGUUCAGGAUCCGAGUAAAACUGGAGACUUACAAUGAUGAAUCUCGUAUUAAGGCUACGGCGGUUGACGUCAAACCUGUGAACUACAGAGAAUACAGCAAGAGGUUGAUCGCGAGCAUCAGGAGAAACGCUCAGCUGGGGUGAGGUGGCUCCUGCUGACCGAUUUGAAGCUGGAACUUCCAGGAAGAGCUCAAUAGAUGAUAUUACACCGACUUUUUCCCCACCUGUGUGUGUGACACUUUGGCAUUACUUACACCAUGCAUGGUAGUCCAGCAUAGUGAGCUAAGUGAUUUAAUGCCUUUCUCUGAAAAUAUGCCCCUGGUAGAUGAGAGUGCACUGUAAUGGGUGCAAUAUCGUAGACUGCUGAGGUCUAUUAAGCUGUGACAGCACUAAAGAGGAAUCUCUAGACAGAUUGCCAGGAUCUUUAGACAUGUCUGAAGUAAAAUGUCUGAAGUAACUUUGCUUUCUUACUAUAUGUAAAGCUGAAUUAUAUAACUAUCGUGUCCUCUUUGCAAGAAAGUAGUGACAACCGUGACACUUUGACUUGUUCAGCAGAGGGCAGGAGGAAGAGUGGAUGGAGGAGAACGGGUCUAUUAGGGCAAGUUAGUUCCUUUCCAUAGAAUUCAAAGGCUUUCUCUUUCCACAGGUGCCAUGCAGUUGUUAAUGCUUGGAAUGGCGAUAUGGUAGAAUUAUUAAUCAAAGACAUAUCUCUUAUAUCUGAAGAAUAUCCUUCCUUCAGGGUUUAAUAGACUGAGUCAGAUGGGUCUGAUAUUAAUCAAAAUUGUCUCUUCUGAGGAAGGCAGAUAAGCAUUGACUCUCCAUUCCCUAGGGAAAUCUAGGCAACUACAAAGCAUUGCUUUAGUUUGCUCUUCAAUUAAUACUAUGAGUUUUUCACUUAUUUCAGCACACUUUUCCUGCCUAUACAUAGUUUUUAUGUUCAUAUGGUCAGUUUCUUUAGGUUUAUUUGUGAUGAUGUUAAUCAGAAACAGGUCUUUAAGUGGGGGAUUGGGGGGAGCUCUGUUUCAAUAAACACUGUUUAAUUCCUGUGUA